CUGUACAAGGAGGCCAUGAUGGAGGACCACCAGCCUCUUAUAUCACAAGAUCGAGAACUUUCUUUAAAAACAAAAAUAAACAUGCUCGUUGCUGAAAAAGAAACCAACUUGGGCACAAAAAGAUGUUCAAAAAGAAGGUAUGAACAAUUAGUAACAUCGGAGGACGAAUCUGCUGCUGAAGAUGUUCAGGCUAAAUCACGGAAAGCAAUGCGCAAGGAGGCAGAAAUAGUUGCUGCUAAGCAGUUACUUAAUGGUGUGAAGGACAACCACGGUGAUGAUGAAGCUCCAGAAACACGCAGAAAUAUGGAAGGCCGUAUUAGGAAAUUAGAAGAAGAGAACAAACAACUGAGGCAGUUGAUUGUUACAGAGUUGCCCGGUAUUUUAGAUACUUUGAGAACAACAACAGAGCAGCUGAUAGCACUGAAGAAUGAUGGGGGCAGUUGUUUGGGUCCAUCCUCUUCAUCAGAAUCCAUCUCAUCUCAAGAGCUGCACUCCUCUCAGAAUCAAGCGGCACCCUCUAAGCCUAAACAGAUGGAGCUUCAUCCUGGCACCAGGGUGUAUUUGUCUGCCCCGCAGUGGGCGGCCGCGCAGCAAUGUAGUACGGCGUCUGCAUUUGUUAGAGCGGUUAUCAUGAGUUUAUUUGACACUGACACAUUACUAAAAAGCAAUUUCAAAGGUGGUGCCUCCAAGCGUCUGACAGAUGGAGAGAAACGGGUGCCAUUAGACCCUGUGAAAACAUCAGCUCUGACAGCUGCAACUUUAGAAAAAUUUCCGGGGACUUCAAAAGGUGUCAUAAGUGAUGCCGUCAACAGGAAAAUUGCAGAAUUAAAAUUUCGACUGAAGGAAACGGUGAAGACCUCAGCAGAUUUACAGAAAUAAUUUUUAUAA